CAAUAACAUCGGUUGACAGGAGUUGACAACUUGUGAGCGUCUAUUAUUGACAGUUGUUUUAUUGCGGUCCCGUAACUGAAACUCUCCAAAUUUCUUCGCGGCAACGUCAGGGAACAUCGCGAACGCGAUGGCGAGGCAGCUGCGAGAAACUCUGGUCCCUUCUCCUCACGCGAGACUAAGGCAAUCACGUCUCGAGGGUCCGUUGGUGAUUCCCGCCAAUUCAACACCAGCAACAUACCAUAACAUGGAUGUAAGCACACUGCAGAAUUGGUUAAACAGAUUACCUGAUGAUUGGAAUUCACCACAGAGUCCCGAUGAACUUGUCAUUCAAAAGAGAGGUCGACGAAAGUCUAUAGUUUGGUCCCCUGAUCUCGACACCAAUAAGCGACGCAGUUUGUUUAGUUUGAGUUCCAGAGACCGCACACCAGUUAAAAAUCCAUCGACAUCAAAAACGGUAUUGAGGGAUGCUGCUAAAAAGAGACUCUCUCUUAUCGAUACUCGCCAAUCCAGUUUCACUAUAUCGGAGAAUAAGAAAACAUCGUUACCCUCUCGAAUGUCAUUAGACGCCGCAAAUUCGUCGAGAGUACGAUCCAAUGAUAAUUUGGCAAAUGGUUUGCGUGGUCUCAGUCACGAGCAACUCGUGCAAAUGAUUAUGCAGCUGGUAUACGCGCAAGACGAAGGUACGCUGCGCGAGAACGAGAAGCUUCGUAAUAUACUUUCCAAGAACAUGCCGAUUGCGGAUAUUCAGCCAUUGAUGGAAAAAUUAAUUGUCCUACGACAAAAUAUUUACGCCAGUCUUGUAUUAGUUUCCAAUUUAACUGAUGAUUCCACGUAUAGUCGUGCUUAUAUACAUUUGGACGCAUUUCAGAAAACUCUGAAUGAUCAAGGAAGAAUAUUGCAAGAGUCUCAACACUGGAUUUCAUUAAUGCGUUAUGCACUAGAAGCAUGGAAAAUUACUAGGGAAUUACCAGAAUGGGAAAAUCAGAGUUCUCGUAGCAUCAUACGGAAAUGCUUCAAGAAUCUAUCGCAGUUUUGUACUGAAGCUAUAAGAAGAGGGAAUUUUGAAACAUCGGUUCUAAACAUUUACAUUGAAAGUCUCAAAACUAUAGCUGCGGAAUGUGAAGAUUUUCAAAUUUGCCUACAGAUAGCGAAGGAAGGAAACGAGAUUUAGACUUUCUUUUUAGAGAUCACAC